GCAUGGGUAGAUAGAUGGCUUUUAGAAUGUAAAAAGAUUAGUUCGUGUAACAGAAAGGUUUUGUUUGUUCCGGCAGAGCUUGUUAGAAAAAUAAGUAAUGGGUUAGAAAAAGUGGAGCAAGAUAAUAAUUGGGUCUUGGAGGAUUUCCAAAAAGGUGGAGCUGUGAAAACUUUUUUGAAUCAUAUAAGAAAAGGUGUAGAAUUAACUCAACAAAAUACAAAGGCAUUAUUAGUGUUUAGUGGUGGACAAACUCGACCCGCUGCCGGGCCAAGAAGUGAAGCGCAAAGUUAUUAUGUUCUUGCUCAAACACUUAAUUUAUUAUCCGCUGAAGAAAAUUCUCAUUUAAUUCUUGAUCGUAUGACAACUGAAGAAUAUGCUCGAGAUUCUUAUGAAAACCUAUUAUUCUCAAUUUGUCGCUUUAAAGAAGUGACUGGGCAUUAUCCACAAAACGUAAUUGUCGUAGGGUUUAAAUUUAAACGAGAAAGAUUUUUAGAUUUACAUAGAGCUGCAAUUAAAUUCCCAUUAGACAGGUAUUU